AUGCCGACCUCGCACCCGCACUACCCGCCGCUCCCAGGCGCAUCCACCACGCGCCCCUCGCCCUCGCGCUGGUCCCCCGAAGCCUCGGUCUCGCCCUCGACCGCCACGCUCCCCGCCGCUGCCGCGCCCGCCUCUGCACCGCCGCCGCCGCCGCCGCCGCCGCCGCCGCCAGCCGGCCAGCCGCCCUCGCCCACGACGCUGCGCGCCGGCAUCCUCGACCACGCGCGCAGCUUGCUCGGCGGCGGCGGCGGCGGGCCCAGCUCGGGCUCGGGGAGCGUGCGCGGAGAAGCCGGCGGACAGGAGGCGGCGGACGGCGAGGAGCCCGAGGGCGAGCAAGAGGAGGAGCAGGACGAGUUCCGCUACGAGGAGCGGCAGCAGGGGCAGGAGCGGGAGCGCGAGGCGAGCUGGGCGGCGGCGGCGAGUGCGGCGCACGAGGGCGCACGCGGCGCGGCGAGCAGGUGGGCGGCGGCGUCGGCGGGCGGGGCAGUUCUCGCAGCGACGGGGCCUGCCAGCGUCGGCGAGGUCGCGCCGGCCGACAGCGACCCGCACGCGGCGCCUCGUGGCGGGGGCGGCGGCGGCGAUGGCGGGGCGGGAGGAGCAGGUUCGAGCGCGGCGAGGUGGCUCGCGAGGGCUGAGGCGGUGCGCGCGAGGGCGCCGGCGCUGUCGAGCGGGUCGAGGGCGUCGGGCACGGGCGACGAGGCGACGGCGACGGCGACGGAGCGGCCGAGCACGCCCGACCGUGCUGCGCAUCGUUCGAGGACCGCCACCGCCGACUCGCUCAACGCCCCCUCGACAAGCAGCUUCCUCUCCUCCCCCUUCAGCCUCAUCUCCGGCUCGACCUCCCCUCCCACGUCCCGCACCGCCCUCCUCGCCGGCACCGCCAGGACGAGCCCCGCCCCCCGCGAGUCGGAGCUGCGCGACGCUCGGUCGCGCAUCGUCUCGCUCGAGCGCGCCCUCUCGGCCCACUCUGCGUCCGACCGCAUGCGCGCCGAGGCCCUCGAGAUGCGCGAGGCCGCCCUCGUGAGCGAGGUCAAGAGCCUGCGCGACGACGCCGCGGCGCGAGACGGCCAGCUGCGCGCGGCGCAGGACGACGCCGAGCGCGCCAAGGCCGAGCUCGAGCGGUGCGUCGCGCGCCUCGUCGCGACCGAGGGCAUCGUCGGCGCGCUCGAGGGCCAGGAGGACGCCGGGCGGUCGGCGCUCGAGCUCGUCGGCGACGCGCUCGACCUCGGCGUCGAGCUGCGUGGCGCGGCGCACGACGCCGCGACGCGCGCUGUCGAGCUCGACCGCGCGUUGAGCAUGCAGGGCACGCUCGGCGAGCGCAUGAAGGGCCUGCUGCUCGACAUGCGCCGCGGCAAGGUCGAGCUCGAGGGGCGCGUGCGCGAGCGGGACGAGCAGCUCGCGGCGCUGCGGGCGCGUGACGAGCGGCACGUCGCCCUGCUUCGUCGCAUCCACGGCGUGCUCGUGCACCUUGACGGCGACGCCCUCCUCGAUCCCGUCGGCGACGAGCUCGCGACGUCCGACCCGGCGGCUCAAGUCGAGGCGGCGCUCCCGCGCCUCGCCGACCUGCGCGACCGCACGCCGACUCGUCCCAGGACCGCCUCGCCAGCCUCGUCCGCCACGACGACGAGCGACCCGCUCUCGGCGCUGUCGCACGCCAACGAGGAGCUCCAGGCCGAGCUCGCCGAGGCGGGCGUCACGGCCGAGCGCCGCAUCAAGCUCCUCGUGCGCGAGAUCCAGAAGGUGACGACGUCCAAGGACGCCGAGAUCGCCGAGCUGCGGCGUCGGGUCGACGAGGCGACGAGCGCUGCCGACGAGGCGCAGCGGCGCCGGGUCUACGCGCCGCACGAGCUCGUGCACCUGUCGAGCUCGCCGCUCGUCGCGUCGUCGGCGCCGCAGCUCCUCCAGGCGUCGCUCCUGCCCGAGAUCGCGGCACGCCAACCCGGCGACUCUGUCGUCGGAACGAGCGAGUCGCUCGCACGCAUCGUCAAGCUCUCGGAGCAGCUCCCCGUCCUGCGCUCGCGCGUCGCCCAGCUCGAGGCCGACCUGACGACCUGUCGCGCAGAGCAGCGCGCGCUCAAGGCGCACAACGCCGAGCUCGAGCAGGUCAACGGCGAGGCGUACGCCGUCAUGGACGAGCUUGCGAGAGCGCUCGAGCGGGCGCGAGGCGCGGCGGGCGGCGGCGAUUGA